ACAUAUUUACAGGAAACUGUUGUAGUGGUUUUCUUGUUGUUUUACGAUUGCUGUUCUAUGCGCUAUAGAUGUAGAUCCUGAAAGUUUAUAUAAAUAGUUUUAACCAAUUCAACAUUAUAUUUAUAAGGUUUUCAGAGUAUUGCGAGAAAAUCAUGACUGAUAGGAACGAAAGAAUAAUGAUGGAACUUCUAAAGUGUCCAGGAAAUAAUUUUUGUGCAGAUUGUGAUUGUGAAAAUCCAGAAUGGGCUUCUUACAACAUUGGCAUCUUUAUUUGUAAGCGUUGCUCUGGUAUUCAUCGUAGUAUGGGUGUUCAAAUAAGUAAAGUAAAACACUUGAAGUUGGAUAGAUGGGAAGAUUCUCAAGUUCAAAGAAUGAAAGAAGUUGGCAAUGUAAAGGCAAAGUUGAAAUAUGAAGAAAGAGUACCAUCUUGUUAUAGGAGACCCAAACCCAAUGAUCCACAAGUUUUGAUAGAACAAUGGAUUAGAGCUAAGUACCAGAGAGAAGAAUUUAGUUAUCCAGAAAAACAGACUUAUAUCAAAGGACAUAUGCAAGGGUUUCUCAUGAAAAGGGGCAAAGAAGAUAGUAGAUACCAACGUAGAAAAUUUAUUUUAUCAGAAGCUGAUGACACAUUGAAAUAUUUUAUCAGGGAAGAUAGGGAACCUAAAGCUACGUUACGCUUAUCAGAAUUAAAUGUAGCUUUUGCCCCUGAGAAAGUAGGAAUAAAUACAUCACUCCAGUUCACUUUUCUGAAGGAUGGUACUACUCGCCAUAUUUACGUAUAUCAUGAGGACCCUGAAAUAAUCAAUAAUUGGUAUAUGGCGAUUCGAUGUGCUAAACUUCAUCGUCUUCAAGUGGCAUAUCCUUCAGUAGCAGAAUAUGAUUUAGUUAAUCACUUAACACAAGACUUCGCUAAAGAGGGGUGGUUAUGGAAGACUGGUCCAAGAUUGAGUGAUGGAUUUAAAAAACGAUGGUUUACUCUAGACAAUAGAAAAUUGAUGUACCAUGAUGAUCCCUUAGAUGCCUAUCCAAAAGGAGAAAUAUUCAUUGGUUAUGCUCUUGAUGGGUAUAGCAUUAGGAUUGGUGUAUCUACUGGGGUGAAAGAUAUGGGAUUUUCCUUUUCCUUGACUACUCCUGAAAGAAUUUAUCACCUAUCUGCCCAGACAGAAGCAGAUAGAGACCAAUGGAUUGAAGUUAUUGAAAACGUAAUUAAACGGCAAAUGACACCUCAAGAGUCGGCAAUAUCUGCCAGACUUGUUCGAAAGCGAAAUAACAGCAAUUCAAUCAGUCUUUUUUCGCCGAGGUAGUCUAAGGCAGCUCUACAAUGGCAUAAAGACGAAUCAAGAAACCUAUGGUGAGUAAAAGUGCUCAAACUCAAUUAGUAUUCAGUUUUUUCUAUCACUGCCAAAAUUGAGUACAUGUCAUAUAUUUUCACAUCUCAGAUAUGGAGUUGAAUAUAAAACUUGCCUACAUUUCAGAAAUAUGUAAAGACUGCAAUUUUAUGAUGAUAUUGUAUAUCAUGUUUAAUGACUUAGGUUAGCCAGAAUGAUAAUACUGAGAACUUCUUAAUAAUGAAUAAAACAAUUAUAUAUUAUCA